AUGUGGAUAUUUAUUUUCUUUCUACCAAUUAUCGCUCAAUGUCAACAUAUUGAUGAAUUAGUUGACAAACUUCGUCAUUUAGAAUCAUUUGUUGAACUUCAAGGAGGAAAUUUUCGAAUGGGUAUUAAUGAUAGACAAGGGAUUAAUAUGGAAUAUCCGAUCAAGCAAGGACAUGUAAAACCAUUUAGAAUAUUUCAAUAUCCGGUAACUGUUGCUGCUUUUCGUCGCUACACUCAAGAUAAAACUCGCUAUAGAACUCAAGCAGAAAUCAAUGGGUUUAGUUUUAUUUUUGGAAACUCAUCAAAGCACUCGAUUGUUAAUAUUUCAUCUGAAGAUGAAGGUUUUAUUCCUGUUGAAAAUAUUCGUUGGAAUCGUCCUGAAGGUGAAUUAACUGAUAUAUCAAAUAUAUUAUCGUAUCCUGUGACACAUGUAUCAUGGAGUGAUGCUCAAGCAUAUUGUUCAUGGAAAGGAAUGAGACUUCCAACUGAAAUGGAAUGGGAAUAUGCAGCACGUGGUGGAUUUGAUUCAACUGCUUAUCCAUGGGGCGAUCUGUGGCAAUUAAAACGAGUUAAUCUAUGGCAAGGAGAAUUUCCAUAUGGAAAUCAAUUACGAGACGGAUUUUAUCGUUUAUCACCUGUUGAUGCUUUCCCUCCACAAAAUAAUUAUCAAAUUUAUGAUAUUUUAGGCAACACUUGGGAAUGGACUUUAACAAAAUAUCGAGAUUAUGACAAUGUCAAUGUUAGUUCUGAACGUUAUAUAGUAAAAGGUGGUUCGUUUGCUGAUACACGUGAUGGCGAUACUAAAAAAGAUCAUAUUCAAGUGAGAACAAGUGCAAGAAAAGGUUUUCGUCCUGAUUAUACAGCAGAAAAUCUAUCGUUUCGUUGUGCACAAUCAAUGGAUUCAAAUAGAAAAUUAAAUAAAGAUUAUGAAGUUAUUCGACUUCGUCCACCGGUUCAUCAUCAUUCGAAUGAACCUCAUGAGCAUAUCUAUCACAAAGAUGAACUUUAA